GAAGAAGAAGUGUGCCACCACUCCACCUGACCUGAUUCGACUUAAUUAGGGAGAAAUAUUAUUAACAAUUCCAAAAUGAGCAUUACUGUGGAUCCUCGUCGGAAGGAGAAAAUUCAGCGCUACAAAGCACCGAAGAAUCAAACGCAGGGUGGAGGUGCCAACGAAGACAUGAUGCCUGACUACAUGAAUAUUCUGGGUAUGGUCUUCUCUAUGUGCGGGUUGAUGAUGAAGCUGAAAUGGUGCGCCUGGUUUGCGCUGUAUUGUUCCUGCAUAAGUUUCGCAAGCUCUCGUGUCAGCGACGACGCAAAGCAGGUGCUUUCCUCCUUCAUGUUAAGUGUUAGCGCUGUGGUCAUGUCUUACCUGCAGAACCCUGCGCCCAUGACUCCACCAUGGGCAUCGGCUACAUAGAAAAGAAACAUUCGUGCCAUUUCUAGUUUUAUUAAUGAUGGCAAACUUUAUUCUGAUGAUGAUCCAAAACGAAGAUAAUAAAACCCAAAUAGUAUGACAA